AGGAUUCUUCAGGAUCUUUGAGUAGUGUCUACUAAGUAAAUCUAGUCUCCGUUAUCGGGACCAAUCUAACUUUUUUUGUUCCACCUCGCUAAAGUUUACCCAAACUGUAGCAUAUUGGACAACAACAAAAAAAAAUAUUUAAACUGUCGCAAAUUCCCCAGAAUUUUCAUCUCCGAUAAACUUCAAUAAAUCCAUAUCAAUACCAUGAAGGUAAUUACAGAUAAAGCAGUCAAUGAUUUCUUAAAUAAGAAUCUCAACAAGAAAUCACUUCUUGAACAAUUUCAACCAGCAUUACUUUCUGGUCUUGUGGAACACGCAAGGGACCCACAUAAGAUUGUUCCUCCACGAAUUGCCCAGGCUUCUAAUAACCCUGAUUCGGAUACCACACACAUAUACAUGCCCUGUAUAUCCCCCAAAGAAGUUGGGAUAAAAGUUAUUAGUGGUGGUCCUGGAAAUAAUACCAAGGGUUUGGGGUUCCAGGGAUGUGUGUUGAUUAUGAACGAGAUCACAGGAGUAUUAGAAGCCGUGCUUAAUGCAAACACAUUGACUGCCUUUAGAACUGCUUUAGCUAGCUCUUUAGGAUUAACCAAGGUAAUUGAUGUACAUUCCCUGGAGAUUCUUCCUGAAUUGACCGUGUUUGGAGUCGGAUUGCAGGCAUAUUGGCAUGUCAAACUUACAUUGGCAUUGUACGAAGGUAAAAUCACCACCGUUAAUAUUUUAAAUCGGACGUUAAAGAAUGCAGAAAUCCUAAAGGAAAAAUUGUCUGCUGAGUUUGGAAAUAUCAAAUUCAACAGUUAUCUGUAUGAACAUGAAGCACUGGGAUUCAUUCCACGUGUGCAAAACAGUUCAAUUAUUUUUGGAUGCACCCCGGCAACUACCCCUAUCAUUAAACAGGACUAUUUGAACAAGGACAAGAAAUUUCCCAAGUUUAUUUCAUUGAUUGGUUCGUAUAAACCUCACAUGAUUGAAUUGGAUUUACAAUUAUGCAAAGAACUCAAAGCAAAUGGUGUUUCGAUUAUUGUUGAUUCAAAAGAGCAUACAUUACAUGAAGCUGGAGAGUUGAUCCAAGCAGGAUACACUGCUGAGCAAUUAAUUGAAAUUCAACAAUUGUAUGAACCACAACAGCUAAAUAACACAAAGAUUACUGAGGAUCUGUCCAAUAUUACUGUUCAGAAAAUUGUUGGGCUUUCCAUCAUGGAUUUGUCAAUGGGGAAAUUAAUCACGCACGCGAUCACAAACGAGGACUCGGUUUAUAUAGAGGACUUCUAAAUAUAGUGUUUGUACAAAGUGACUCAAAAGUGGUUUAUACCAUCUUGACUUAAAUUUC